AUGCGUUUCCUGUGCUUCGCAUUGCUUUGCGGCGUUUUUUUCCUCCUCACAAAGGUCGAUGCUGCCUCGACGGUGACGGACUCGAAAGUUUCCACCACGGCUGUGGCUUAUUCGACUUCUGUGGAUACCGUCCCCACCAAAAGCCUCAGGGGCGAUAAAAGUAAUAACGGCGAGAGCGAGGAGAGAGCGUUCGGCAUCAACGCGAUUCCUGGUCUCAAGAAGAUCACAAACUUCGUCGACAAGCAGAAGACCGCGAGUUGGCUGAAGAAGGGAAAGGUCGCAGACGAUAUCUUUGCCAAGAUGAAGCUGUGCCGGCCGAGAAGCUGUUCGAGAGCCCCAAGUUCCUCGCAUGGGCCAAGUACGUGA